UAGACUAAAACUUGACAUUGGGUAUGGUUUAACCAAAAAAACCAAUAUAAACCCUGGGAGUCUCGCUCGCAAUUCUUCACUCACUAUUUUCGGUUUCGCUCUGCUCGCCCGGCAUGGAUUUCGUUUCGAAUUCACUGGUUUGCAAGACUCUUCCUUCCCGGACUUUGUUUCCGCCGUGCGCAACAUCUUCCCGCCGCCGCCGCCAAUGGUUGCCUUCUUCACUCUCCAAUGCUGGCAAGCGAGUCAGAGAGCUACGCUGCGAGUUCGAAGUCAACGUUAAUGGCGCUCUUUCCGGCGACUUCGACCCUCGUUCCGUCGACAGGAAAAAAGCAUUGGAGGCAGCAAUGAAUGACAUAAAUAGCUCAUUUGGGAAAGGAAGUGUUACACGACUUGGAAGUGCUGGUGGAGCAUUAGUGGAAACUUUCCCAAGUGGCUGUUUGACUUUAGAUUGUGCCUUAGGUGGUGGCCUUCCAAAAGGCAGAAUUGUGGAGAUAUUUGGACCAGAAAGUAGUGGAAAGACCACCUUAGCAUUGCAUGCAAUUGCAGAAGUACAGAAACUAGGAGGAAAUGCGAUGCUUGUAGAUGCAGAGCAUGCCUUUGAUCCAGCAUAUUCUAAAGCCGUAGGAGUGGAUGUAGAAAAUUUAAUUGUAUGCCAACCUGAUCAUGGAGAGAUGGCACUUGAGAUUGCAGAUCGCAUGUGUAGAUCUGGUGCCGUAGAUCUCAUUUGUGUCGAUUCUGUCUCUGCUCUUACACCAAGAGCAGAAAUCGAAGGUGAGAUUGGUAUGCAACAAAUGGGUUUGCAAGCACGCCUCAUGAGUCAAGCUCUUCGUAAAAUGUCUGGAAAUGCCUCAAAAGCUGGUUGCACUCUCAUAUUUUUGAAUCAAAUACGAUAUAAGAUUGGUGUGUAUUAUGGAAAUCCAGAAGUGACAAGUGGAGGAAUUGCGUUGAAGUUCUUUGCCUCACUUCGACUUGAAAUACGUUCUAUUGGGAAGCUAAAGUCGGCUAAAGGAGAUGAAGAAAUUGGGAUUCGAGUUCGUGUUAGAGUCCAAAAGAGCAAGGUGUCAAGGCCAUACAAGCAAGCUGAAUUUGAAAUUAUCUUUGGAGAGGGAGUAGGUAAACUGGGUUGCAUUUUAGACUGUGCUGAAAUUAUGGACAUUGUAGCGAAAAAGGGCUCGUGGUACAGUUAUGGAGACCACAGGCUGGGACAGGGAAGAGACAGAGCUCUGCAAUACUUAAAAGAUAAUCCUGCUCUCCAAGAUGAAAUUGAGAAGACUGUGCAGACCAUGCUGACUAGUGGAACUGUUCAAAUGGGAUUUCAAUCUAUUAGAAAGCCAUUGCCAAAUCAAGAAGAGGUACUUGAGGAGUUUGAAUAACGAACAAUGUAUGCCACGAUUAAGCAAUAACAACAGAGAUUCCAAGCAGAGGUAACAUUUCUUCUAUGGAUGGGGGUGGGAUGAUAAGCCUAAGCCCCCGUAGAUCCAUUUUCCCUGCUACAUCCACCAUGGGAAGCUCUUAGAAGCAAAGAAUUCCGCCUCCUUUGUUAGUUAGGUGCGAGCUAGAUGUCAUGAAGACAGUAAGAACUGGCUUCUUUGCUUCCAAUCUCUGAAGACGACGUUUUGGAUCAUCGGAGAACAUUAUUGAAGUCCUUCGGUCUCGCUAAGAGGUUGGUAUACUUUGAAACCAAAUCUUGAGAAAUUGAUCUGAAACUACUGGUGUAAUCUUUACUGCAGCUUAUCAGGUAUCAUAUUUACAUUUGUACUUGGUGUAUAACAUAUAUAAUGAUUGUUUGCCAUCCGGCCAGCUCCCAGGUACAUUUUAUCAUAGGAAGCAGAAUGAUGGAAUUCAUGCAGAUAUGGUUUCUUGUGUUAAAAACCUUCUGUAUUAGUUGCACAUGAUAGGUUAGUAGUUUGGUCCCAUUUGAUUA